AUGGGGGCAGUACCGAACGAUAUAAAUAUUCCAUCUCCACCAAGUUAUGCCGUAUACGAAGAUAAACAUGGCAAUUUGGUCAAUCGAGCCUUGAAUCGGGAAAGUUUGAAUUUUUUAAAGGUUAUCUGGCCGACUCGUCCCUCCUACGGACGCUAUUCAGUAGACCAAUAUAUGCAGCGUAAACAGCAUAUGCAAGACCAUAAUCGAGAACGUAGUAUGAGCCGACAAUUAAGUAAAAAAAACGAUUCCGACGUAAAUAAAAAAUCAAAUAAGCGUAGACAGAAGUCGAAGCGAAAAAGUGAUGAAAAUAUAUUUGUCGGAGUUCGUCCGUCGUCUAGCUUACGCUCAUUAUUGAGACCGACGGAAUUUCGAUUAUAUUAUAUGCGACCUGAAUCAAUUAGUUCAUUCAAUCAGAUGCCUAUAAGAAUGCCAUUAAUGCUUGCAUAUAUGAGUUCAUCUGGUACAAUGCACAACUUUAGUUUCAAACAAUACGAACAUCAUUCUGGACCAUUUUGGCAACUGGUAGUAAAUAAUGCUGAGAACGAUGAACCAAUGUAUUACUUCUAUUUUCAAUUCCGUUCAUUGUCGUCACUGAUAAAACACUACAAAUCAUUUGCCAUUGAUAGUAGCGAGGGGAAGUGCGAGAUUUUCCCACUGGAAAAAUAA